AUGGGAACAGGUAAAGGAAAGAAGGAUCCAGCAUCAGCCAAGAAGACUAGCAACAGUAGCAAAGUCAUCUUUAAGCCAGCACAACUCCACAGAAUACUUAGGGACAAGACAAAAAUGCGUGUCUCACACAAAGCCAUUAUUGCCAUUGCUGCUCUCCUUGAGUACGUCUUAGGUGAAAUCAUUGAAGCAGCCAAACUUAUUUGCGAUGAGGAAAACAAACGUAAAAUCGUCUCUAAACACAUUUCCUUAGCCAUUCGUAAGGAUGAAGAGUUAAACAACUUAGGAAGACAUUGGCUCAUUAAGGAAGGAGGUGUUUGUCCUACUGCCCAGAUGGAGUCUUCUAAGUCUAAGUCUGAGAAGGCUAAGACUACUCAGGAGCUCUAA